UCCUGCUCUUUCAUCAAUGGCAUCUUCCAUUGUUCUAAGUCUUCUGCUCCUUCUUUCUCCAAUCUUCUUUGUUUCCACAUUUGCUCUCGGCGACACAUCUCCUGCUUCUGUAGAUACCCAUCUCUCUUCCCUAAGAGAAUUUUGCAAUGGCACACCAUAUCCUGAUGCCUGUUUUAACUCAUUAAAGCUUUCCAUCUCUAUAAACAUCGACACAGACCUCAUUAGUUAUCUCCUCCACACUCUCCAGACAGCAAUAUCCGAGGUUGAAAAGCUAACCAAUCUAUUCUCGAGUGCUGGUGGGUCAAAUGAUAUCAUUGAAAAACAACGAGGGACAAUCCAAGAUUGUCAACAACUCCAACAAAUCACGCUGUCUAAAUUGCAAAGAAUAUCAGUUUCAGGAAUCCAAUUAGGUGAUCCUCGUAAGCUAGCAGAUGCAAGAUCCUACCUUAGUGCAGCACUCACAAAUAAGAAGACUUGCUUGGAGGGACUAGAUUCUGCAUCAGGUCCAUUGAAGAGUGUCCUAAUCAAUUCAUUGACCAGUACAUACACCCAUGUUAGCAACUCUCUCUCAAUGCUCCCUAAGCAAGGUCCUAAAAAAGGUGGCAAAAAUCGUCGCUUGUUAGGAUUUCCAAGAUGGAUAUCGAAGAAAGAUCGUCGAUUUUUGCAGAGUGGUACUAGUAAAUAUGACACUAGCGAGAUGAUUGUAGUAGCUGCAGAUGGAAGUGGAAAUUUCAGCACCAUCACGGAUGCUAUAAAAUUUGCUCCAAGUCGUAGUGAGUAUAGAAUAUUCAUCUAUCUCAAAGAAGGGGUAUACAAGGAGAAUGUAGAGAUCCCAGCAAAUAAGCCCAAUAUCGUUCUGCUUGGAGAUGGAAGUGAUGUCACAUUCAUUACUGGUAGCAGAAGUGUAGGUGAUGGUUGGACUACUUUCAGAUCUGCAACACUUGGUGUUUCUGGUGAUGGGUUUCUAGCCAGGGACAUAACCAUUGAUAAUAUUGCUGGAGCAGAGAAGCAUCAAGCAGUUGCACUUCGCAUAAACGCAGACCUAUCAGCAAUGUACAAGUGUAGGAUUAAUGGGCACCAAGACACACUAUAUGCGCACUCAUUUCGACAAUUUUAUCGAGAAUGUGAGAUUUCAGGGACUAUAGAUUACAUAUUUGGCAAUGCUGCUGCAAUGUUCCAGGGAUGUAAUAUCAUCUCCAGAAUGCCAAUGUCUGGCCAAUUCACUGUCAUCACCGCCCAGUCUCGAGACAGCCCAGAUGAAGACACAGGAUUUUCGAUGCAGAAUUGUUCGAUUGUAGCUACAGAUGACUUGAACUCUGCUCAUAACAGCAGAAGUGUAAAAAAUUAUCUAGGUAGACCAUGGCAGGUGUACUCUAGGACAGUCAUCCUUGAGUCCUUCAUUGACGGCUUUAUCGAUCCAGCUGGGUGGAUUCCAUGGUCUGAUGAUAAUCCAGACACAGAUGAUUUGUACUAUGGAGAGUAUCAAAAUAGUGGAGGUGGGUCUGGUACAGAUGAUCGAGUAAAUUGGCAAGGUUAUCACUUAAUGGAUGACGAUGAUGCAGAUGAAUUUACUGUAUCAAAUUUCAUCGCUGGUGAUGAGUGGCUAGACUCUACUUCAUUUCCUUAUGAUGAUGGGGUUUAAGAGUUCAUGCUUUUCUUCUUAAAUUUUAUUUAUUUUUUUCAUCGUUGUGUAUGUAGGCUCUCUAUAGCCAAGCACUUGUUAUUUAAUAAACAUGAGUUGGCAAAUAAUUUUAUUUAAUUUAAUAUCAGAUUUUAG